GAAGAACUGACCGGACACACUUGUUCACACGUUACAUACAGUUAGUUUAUUUACACGUUUGAAUGUUUUUAAUUAAGAAAACACAAGAGACUUGAGUUGUCGCUUAUGCCAGCCAUGGUGGUGUUCUUUUAAACCAGCUCAAGUUUUGGCGAAGAUUUGUAUUUAUUAUUUCAUACAGAAAAUCAGCUCAUGUGGUCACGACAUCAGCAAUGUUGACCUAUGAUUGCAAACUCGUAAGAGAUUUACCACAGAAUCGAACUGAAUCAAGGUAUUGAGGAACCAGAGCAUCAUGCAGUGUGUCAAACUGCCCAUCACUGUGAAAGCAGAGAUCAACCUGCUGCUGGUGGCUGUGACAGCUCUUGCACUUGUGACCAGACUGUAUGGCAUAAACUUUCCAAAAGCUGUAGUGUUUGAUGAGGUCUAUUAUGGGCAGUUCCUAUCUCUAUACAUGAAACAAGUGUUUUUCAUUGAUGAGAGCGGUCCACCUUUUGGCCACAUGAUAUUAGCUUUAGGAGCCUAUUUAGGUGGGUUCGAUGGCAACUUUGUUUGGAAUAGAAUUGGAGCAGAAUACCCCAGUAAUGUUCCUGUUUGGAGUCUUCGGGCAAUACCGGCCCUUGCUGGCUCAUUUUGUUUGCCACUUUGUUAUCUUCUGGUAGUAGAACUCGGAUAUACACACUUCACAGCAUUAGGGGCCUCCGUGCUCCUCCUCAUGGAAAAUUCCUUGAUUGUGCAAUCACGCUUCAUGCUGCUGGAGUCUGUAUUAAUCUUUUUCUUGCUGCUAGCUGUGCUUUCCUACCUGCGUUUCCACAAAGCACACAAUUCAUCAUUUAGAUGGUUUUGGCUCGUGAUCUCUGGGGUCAGUUGUGCAUUUGGAAUUGGAGUAAAGUACAUGGGUAUGUUUACAUAUUUUUUACUGCUGGGCAUGGCAGCUGUACACACCUGGCAACUUAUUGGAGAUCGAACAGUAAGCAAUGGCAAAGUAGCAGUUCAAGUUUUGGUUCGCUUCCUGGCCCUUGUGGUGAUACCUGUCAUUUUGUACCUUGGAUUUUUCUACGUCCAUCUUACCCUGCUGUACCGCAGCGGACCCCAUGACCAAAUAAUGAGCAGUGCUUUUCAAGCAAGCCUAGAGGGUGGUCUUGCCAGGAUCACUCAGGGCCAGCCUUUGGAGGUAGCUUUUGGCUCCCAGGUUACUCUCCGCACUAUGUCCAGCAAACCUGUUCCAUGUUGGCUCCACUCCCACAAGGCUAACUACCCAAUCAGGUAUGAAAAUGGGCGUGGUAGCUCCCACCAACAGCAGGUGACCUGCUAUCCUUUCAAAGACGUCAACAAUUGGUGGAUUAUUAAAGACCCUGGGAGGCACAGUCUAGUGGUGAACAGCCCUCCUAGACCUGUCCGACAUGGCGAUAUUAUUCAGCUGUUACAUGGAAUGACAUCUCGCUACCUAAACACACAUGAUGUUGCAGCCCCCAUGAGUCCUCACUCGCAGGAAGUGUCUGGUUACAUAGACUUUAAUGUAUCUAUGCCAGCACAGAAUCUAUGGAGAGUGGACAUAGUGAACAGGGAGUCUGAUAGAGAGAUCUGGAAGACGAUUUUAUCAGAAGUACGACUAGUCCAUGUCAACUCUUCAGCUGUUCUGAAGCUCAGUGGAGUUUCUCUUCCAGAAUGGGGUUUCAGACAGCUGGAGGUGGUUGGAGACAAAAUGUAUAAAGGGUACCAGCAGAGCGGCAUAUGGAAUGUGGAGGAGCACCGCUAUGGCAGAAGUCAGGAACAGAGGGAAAGGGAGUUGGAGCUGAAGUCACCUACCCACAGUGACAUCACCAGAAACCUCACUUUCAUGGCCAAAUUUCUUGAGCUGCAGUGGAAGAUGCUGACAGUAAAGAAUGAAGAGUCCGAGCACAAAUAUAGUUCAUCGCCUCUCGAAUGGAUCACCAUGGACACCAACAUUGCAUACUGGCUUCAUCCUUCAAGUAAUGCACAAAUUCAGUUGAUAGGGAAUAUUGUAACUUGGACCAUUGCAAACCUUGCGCUGGUUGUAUACGGUCUACUGUUUGUAACCUACCUACUAAGACGACGAAGGAAAAUUGAGGACAUUCCUGAAGACUCUUGGGAAAAGCUGGUUCUGGCUGGUGUAGUUUGCUUUGGAGGCUGGGCAGUUAAUUACCUGCCAUUCUUCCUAAUGGAGAAGACUCUGUUUCUGUAUCACUAUCUUCCAGCACUCACUUUCAAGAUCUUGCAGAUACCUAUAGUUGUAGAGCACCUGUACACCCAUGUAUUGAGAUCCCCUUCUCAACAGAAAGCCUUUGCUGGUGUUAUUUUGGCAGUGCUUUGUUCAAUAUAUGUGUCCUACCACAACUUAAGUCCUCUCACUUAUGGUCAGCCAGCGUUAACUUCAAAUGAGCUCGCUGCACUGCGGUGGAGAGAGAGCUGGGAUAUUCUUCUACGAAGACGCUGACAUGGAAAUGUCCCUCUUGUUUCUGUAAGAAAGGGACCUUCUAUCCUUAUAUGAUGAAAUAAAAGCUAACUCAAAACCUUUGGUAGUUGGGAGUUCCAGAGAACUGUGAAACACAAUUCCUAGCAUCUUGUGCCCAAACAUUUGACAAAAAUGUGAUAAAUUCUCUACAAUGAGAACUCAUGCUGCUUAUAAAUCGAAAAACAAAAAUGGACUGUUAUGCACUAUUUUAGUGCUCAAUUUAUCAUGCUGUUAUGUUUACACAUUAUUCCUUUUAUAUGGCAGUUUUAUUGUAUUAUUGUUUUAGGGACUUGUGAAACUAAUAAAACUAAUAACAUGUUGCA